UAUUGAGAACGAAUCCAGCCGUAAUGUCUGGACGUGGCAAGGGAGGUAAAGGACUCGGAAAGGGAGGUGCCAAACGUCACCGUAAAGUUCUUCGUGAUAACAUUCAAGGUAUCACCAAGCCAGCCAUUCGCCGCCUCGCUCGCCGUGGUGGUGUCAAGCGCAUCUCUGGUCUGAUCUACGAAGAGACUCGGGGUGUCCUUAAAGUAUUCCUUGAAAACGUCAUCCGUGACGCUGUCACCUACACCGAGCACGCCAAAAGGAAGACUGUCACCGCCAUGGACGUCGUCUACGCCCUCAAGAGGCAGGGACGUACCCUUUACGGUUUCGGCGGCUAAACAACAACUUGCCCUAUCAAAAAACAACGGCCCUUUUCAGGGCCACUAAAUCCAACGAGGUCGAAAACGUUUAAGCAAACUGACCUAAUUUUAUUGAUGUCGUUUACACAAGGCCUCACAAUAUGUUAAAAAAUAUUAGCAUCGUUAUUAAAGAAGAUCAGAGUCGAAUAGCACACGACCAUCGCAUCAGAAACGUAUUAAUAUUCAUGAAUCGACGAAUGUGUCAAAUAAUCAGGCAAGAUUGUAAAACCAUGCAACCGCUAAUUCAGCGAAGUUAACUAGAGACUUUUAGAAGUGGUUUUAACAAUAGACCUACCAACGCUUCUCGUAUAUCGAUCUCUAUCGUCGCUCACGAAA